GGGUACUACUGCCCAAAAGGUCAAAGACGCCUGCGAGUGAUGUGUAUUAAUACCCAGAUCUCCUUUCUCCCACCAACUCUCUCUCUCAACACCAGCUUCAACGGGUCUUACACUCACUUACACCCACCCACCUCAAUACAUACUCACCAGACCUCAGUCACUCUUUCAGACUUUGAUUUUAUUACAACUCCACCUUCACCAUGAAGUUCUUCGGCACCGCCCUCGCCGCCCUCGCGGUUGGCUCCGCCAUGGCCGCCCCGGCCAUUGAUUCACGUCACUACACGCCGAGUGCCAGCUCCUCGACUCCGGCUUCGGCUACGCCAUCCCCUUGCGCAUGCGGCGACAAGCCCGGCGUCGGCCUGCCCAGCAUCAGCUCGAGCCAAAUCGUCCACGGCACCGGCCUUCCCGUGCCCCUGCCGGGCAAAGGUGUGCCGGUGACGCUGCCGGGCAAGGGCACCCCCGGCGGCAAGCCCAACUCCGAAAACAACGAGGCUGUCAUUGUCGUUGUCAAGACCGUUGUUGAGACUGUCGUCGAGGUCGAGGCCAAGGUCAAGGCGAACCUGGAAUUGAUCGCCAAGAUCGUGGCCGCGGCCGAGGUUGAUGCCCAGGCUCUCCUCAAGGUCAUCGUUGCCCUCAAGGCCGACCUCAAGAUCCUCCUCGACGACUGCGUUCCCCAGCUCGACGGUCUUGUUCUCGAUGCCGAGGACCUGGUCGAGGCCGAUCUCAAGGUUGUCCUGGACCUCAUCGUCCGCGUCCAGGCGCUCGUUGCCGAGGUCGAGGUCUGCCUGAAGGCGCUGGUGGUCCUUAAAGCCGAAAUCCUCGCUGUCGUCGGCGUCGAGCUCAAGGCCUGCCUCGACAUCAUCCUCAGCAUCGCCACGCCGAUCGUCAACUUCUGCCUGGCCAUCGUCGCCAGUCUUAAGGUCAACGUCGUGCUCAAGGCUGUCGUCCUGCAGAUCACCGACUGCGCCCACAAGUUGACGAGCACCUGCAUCAGCAUCAACGGCCUGCUCGGCCCCGUCUUCGUGCUCCUGCACUUAUAAGGGGCUGGGUUCAGGACCGCCGCUGUGCCGUUUGGCACCGUGGAUGGCAUAAAAGGAGCGUUUGUAUGCUUCGAUGUACCUAGUUAAUAUGUAAUAUC